AUGAGACCUGGCCUGAGUUUACUUGCAGUUCUUCUCUGCUUAGGAAAAAUUUCUGUAGCAGGCACUGAAGACCAACUCGAGGAAGAAAGCAAAGAAAGAUAUAGCUCAUCUACAGUGGGACUUUUAAAGUUGCUGAAAGUGGAAGAAGACUUUGCCGAUAACCUCGUAAACUAUGGAGCCCAGCUAGGAAAGAAAGUUCAAUCACUUCGAACUUUCCUAUCCACAGUGAGUUUAAAAUUAAAUCGCAACUUCCUGGAGAGAGUGGAAUAUGUUUCCAACCCGUUGAACGCAUUUUCCCUUUUGAGACGCACCCACGAAGAUUUGCCAAAGUGGCACUCAUAUUUUAAAAAAUCUUUGGGAAGUGAGGACGCAGCUGUACUGGACGACCUGGUUGAACAGGUACCAAGUAAAUUAGACUUAAUGUCAGCAGCACUGGGAAUUCAACGUAUAGAGAAGACCUAUGACUUAAGAAUCGACGAUUUGGCACAAGGCCUUUUACAGGAUAAGCAAUACGAAAUUGGACUCUCCUUUCGCGAUCUUGUAGCCUUGGGUCGUCUGAUGUUCGAACAGCGCGAUUAUCAAGCAGCUGGAAAAUGGUAUCGUUUGGCUUGCAAACGCGAACCAGACGAACAGGAUGACUUGAUAAAUGAGGUCCUGGGCAAUCCUUCCGAGCACUUCCACCGCCAGUACAUCAAAGCAUUGUUCACAUAUGGAACUAGUUUGACAGAUCCUUCGAAAUCUACCGGAGAAGCUUUCUUUGCCGCGGAGAACUCUGUGGCAAGCGCCACUCAGGACAAUAUAACUUCCAUACUAUCCAGUCUAAAAGAAAACGAUGCUGAGGUAGAAAGAGAGCUGUACCAGAAGAAAACACCACCUUCAAUAUUUGAAAUUGGAUGUCGAGGACAGUAUCGCCCGAAGCAAAAACUUGUGUGUCGCUACAAAUUCGGCACGACGCCUUUUCUGCGAUUGGCCCCUCUGAAGUUCGAGGAAAUCAGCUUGGACCCGUAUAUCGCCAUGCAUCACGAAGUUCUCUACGACUCUGACACCCGAGGUUUCAGAGAACAAUCGGUGAAUAUGAUGAACGGUUAUGCAGACCAUAGAGAAGACGGCACAGAAAUCAGGGAAACCGUAGCUCGACUUUCCUGGUGGACAAACAUAUCCAAAACGCGAGAGCGCAUAAAUCAGCGCAUUAAGGAUAUGACAGGACUGAAUUUUUCGAAAACGGAAAAAAUUCAGGUUGCCAAUUACGGAGUGGGCACUUACUUCAAACCGCACUUCGACUACACCGCCGAGGGAUUCGAAACUCCAGAUGCUGCCGAGUUGGGCGAUCGCUUGGCCAGCAUUAUUUUUUAUGCUAGUGAUGUCCCACAGGGCGGGGCCACUGUUUUCCCAAAAAUAAAUGUCACGGUCUUUCCACGAAAGGGAAGCAGUUUGUUCUGGUUCAAUUUGUUCGACGAUGGAAGGCCCGACAUAAGAAGCCAACACUCAGUGUGUCCGGUAAUCAACGGAGACAGAUGGACUCUCACCAAGUGGAUCCAUUUGUUUCCUCAAAUGUUCACCAGGCCAUGUGCAGCAUAACACAACUAUUGUCUAUAAUUUGAAGUGAAGAAGACUACCACUUCGAAAAUAUUUUAGUUUUAACCUUUUUAAAAAAAACUUAAAAUUUACCCAAAAAAUCAUUUUUUUAUAUAUCGACUUGUUUUCAAUUACAAUUUUUUGUGC